GCCGAAGUUCAAGGAGGUUUUAAAUUGAGCCAGCUGAGGCACUGGACUUCAAGUUAAAAAUUUUCCUUCUCGUCAGGAGAUUAGCUCUUCCCCAAGCACUCCAGGAUUUCGUUGUUGACAUGAGUCACCCGCACAAUAUUAACUGCCUUCCAGCGGAACUGCUCCUGAGCAUCUUCCAACUCAUAGGGACCCACGAUGGUCCCUGCACACUACCUGGAAUCGUCGCUGCGUCGCACGUUUGCAAGCGCUGGCGAUACCUCGCCCUCCAAACACAGUCUCUCUGGACUGUGAUCUCAAUUUCCAACAGGGAAAAAGACUAUGCCCACCAUGCGCGUGUCUGGCUGGCACGAAGUGGUGUAUUACCAGUUGAUCUAACUAUCCACUGGGACUCGUCAUGGGUGGAACGUGAAGCCGAAGAGGCUCUUUUUCCUAUUGACGACGCAGCUCCAUGGGCUGAUGAGACCUCACAAUAUAUUAGACGCUCGUACAUGGAGUAUGAGCGAUUUCGCGAUCUCAAGCGUCAGUCACUCAUGCGUGAGCUCGAAUGCCACAAACACCGUUGGCGCUCCUUCAAAUGGAAUGCAACUUCGCACCACCUGUUCGAGGGAAGCGUAGAUGCGGAUGUGCAGACAUUAGUGGACGCCUCCGAUCACAUUCAUGGCAUGGACUCAAAUUCAGCAAUUUAUAUGACGGUUUCUCGCGACUUUCCCUCAUUGCCUUCCAUUGACAAAGUGUCACUUGAUUCUAAAGCAUCAGUUCGUACAGGGAAGAAUUCAUUUUUUACAAGGAACACAACAAGCAUGCGUAGGUUCUGGUCAAAAUUUUGGGAUUUGCUGCACUUUUAAAUGUUCUGUCGUCGAUUCGACUAUAGUACGUCUCCAGUCACUAACCUACAGCGCAUACGUACCGAGUACAAAUGAUUGCGUAUGUAUUUCUCAAAAUUUCACCAUUGACUUGGUGCUCCUAAUUAUAAGUGACUUUGAUAGGUCGGGUGUCGUGUCAAUAUUGUCAGUUUUGAUGAUGGACAUACGUACUGUAACUAUCUGGUUGGUUCUAUUUGGCAAAGGCUUUUGUUUUUAAUAUGUACAAACAACUACUGUGUA